AUGCCUAAUCCGCAAGACCUGUUUUCAACCCUAGCAGGGGGAAGAGUCUUUACUCGUUUGGACAUGAAACAGGCAUACCAACAAAUGAGGAUUAGCCCAGACUCUCGGGCAGACUUGACAAUCAAUACUAGCAAGGGACUCUUUGUGUAUACAAGGAUGUCGUUUGAAAUCACAUCUGCACCUGCUAUUUGGCAAAAGGCCAUAGAUGAAACUUUAGCAGGCAUUCCAGGAUGCAUAUACUACUUAGAUGACAUACUGGUAGUAGGAGGUAGCCAGGAGGAACAUGACCAGCGGUUAGACAUUGUGUUGGACCGACUGAGUAAGAGAGGUAUUCGACUAAAAGAAGAGAAGUGCACAUUCAACACUUCCGAAGUGGAGUAUUUGGGGCACCUAAUUAGCGAGAAGGGGCUCAGACCAUUGGAGAAUGGAACUGAACAACCAAUUGUAUUCACAUCCAGAACAUUGUCUUCAACUGAAAGAGGUUAUGCACAGUUGGAAAGGGAAGCCUUAGCUCUUAUCAAUGGUGUACGACAGUUCCACAAAUUACUGGACACUUUGCCAGUUACAGCAGACCAAGUGAAACAAGCCAGGGCCAAGGAUCCUAUCCUUAGCAGAGUAUUGAAGUAUUCUCUAGAGGGAUGGCCAACCAAUGGGUCGCCUGAACUACACAGUUAUGCCAAGAGGUCAACCGAGUUAUCUAUUACCGAGGGAUGUCUAAUAUAUGGAGGAAGAGUAGUGAUUCCAUAUUCACUACAAAAACAAGUAUUGUCUGAACUACACACAGGACAUAUAGGAAUGGUGCGAAUGAAGGCGACGGCUAGAAGUUUUGUGUGGUGGCCUGGCUUGGACAGAGAUGUUGAGAGUAUAGUCAGAUCAUGUUCCACGUGUCAGGAACAACGAAAUAAACUUGCAAUUUCAACGCCAAUUCAUCCUUGA